AUGGCGGAAUCCUCCGAGGUUGAUUACACCCUCAACAACCCUGAUACCCUCACCAAGUACAAGACCGCCGCGCAAAUCUCGCAGAAGGUGCUCGAGUCUGUGACAGGAUGGUGUCUGGAAGGGAGCAAGAUCAUUGAAAUCUGCCAAAAGGGCGACCAGCUCCUCGACGAAGAGAUUGCCAAAGUCUACAAAGGCAAAAAGAUCUCCAAAGGCGUUGGCCACCCGACUACCGUCUCACCAAGCUCAUUCGUGACUCCCUACACGCCCCUUGUCUCGGACACUGAAGAAGCCGAGACCACGAUCAAGGCUGGCGAGGUGAUCAAGAUCCAGCUUGGUGCUCAGAUCGAUGGUUUCGGUACCAUUGUUUCCGACACCAUCGUUGUGCCCAGCAGCGAAUCCCAGGAUGUGGUUGAAGGUCGCGAGGCCGACCUUAUCCAUGCCACCUACUACGCCAACGAGCUUCUCCUGCGCUUGAUGGUACCUCCAGGUCUUCUGGCUUCAGGCACUGACGAGGAGAAGGCCAAGGCUGCCGCGCAGAAGCCACCCACCCAGAGCCAUAUCUCUAACCUCAUCGAGAAAGUGGCCAAGACAUACGGCGUCAAUGUUGUCGAGAACACUACCAGCUGGCUGUUCGAGCGCAACGAAAUCGAGGCCAACAAGAAGAUUAUCCUCUCCCCCGGCAGCGGCGUCAAGGGCGAAGGCUCCGCCGAAGUUGGCGAAGUCUGGGGUGUCGAAGUCGGCCUGAGUCUGGGUUCAGGCAAAGUCAAGACGCUCCCACAGCGGCCCACUUUGCACCGCCGCACGACCACGACCUAUAUCUUGAAGCGCCCAAGCUCUCGUCAAACGCUCUCCGAAAUCGUCAAGAGAUUCGGAACCUUCCCGUUCAGUCUGCGUCAAUUGGAAGACGAGAAGGCUGCCAAGGUUGGUGUUGUCGAGUGUGUCCGAGGUGGUGUGGUCCGUCAGUACGAGCCUGCUGGUGACUCGGACAAUGCAGCAGUUUCUCGCCUGUUGACUACUAUUGCCAUCACCAAGAACGGACUGACCAGAUUGGCUGCCCCGCCUGCUCCGGAUCUGACCAAGUUCAAGACGGACAAGAAGAUUGAGGACGAGGAAAUCUUGAAGAUCCUCGAACAGCCCCUGGCCAGAUCUACUGGAUCAAAGGGAAAGAACAAGAAGAAGAAGAAGCCCGCCAAGAAGGAGGGAGAAGAGGGCGACGCAGAGUAG